UACGGAGAGUUCACAGCCCCAAGAACGUGACCCUUGAUCCGCGUGAUAUUUACCCGCUUUGAAAGACCACAACGGUUCCGUUAUCAUAUCUUAUCCGCUUAUCAGCGUGAUUUGCAAUUCGCGCUGUUCCUCCGCUAGCUCUCAGUGGCGAGCGCAACCACUUCGCAAAACCCCACAGGAUGGCCAACAGUGCGAAACAACCUGCCCAUCUGAAGCUGGAACGAUUUGGCACCGUUUUGCGCGUUACGAUCAAUAAUCCGUCCAAAAAGAAUGCCCUCAAUCGGCAGGCCUACAAGGACGUGUGCGAUACCUUGAACGCCGCUAACCGCGAUGAUACCGUGAAUGUUGUCGUGCUGACCGGAACCGGCGAUUUCUACAGCUCCGGCAACGACAUCAGCUCCAUCAUCGCAGAAGAUGGUCCGGCGGAAGAAAAGUUGGCCAAGGGGAACGCCAUCCUGCGGGACAUGGUUCGUGCGUUUAUCAACUUUGAUAAGCUGCUGAUCGGGAUAGUUAAUGGACCGGCCAUCGGUAUCGCCGCUACCACGGUGCUGCUGUGCGAUGUGGUGUACAUGGUGGACACGGCCUACUUCUACACCCCGUUCUCCAACCUUGGGCUGUGUGCGGAGGGUGGAUCAUCCUACACGUUCCCGUUGCUGAUGGGCCGCAGUAAGGCCUCGGAAAUGUUGCUCCUCAAUCACCGGAUGACUGCAGAGGAAGCCCUGCGUUUCGGUGUCGUUGCUGGUGUGUUGAAGCGAGAUGAAAUCGAAACGAAACUCUGGCCGCGCGUUUUAGAGUAUGGUGCACUGCCGAUCGGAUCCGUCGUCGCCACCAAGAAGCUGCUCAAUCGGUUCCAUCGCGACAAACUACACGAAGCGAAUGAUAACGAAACGAGCACACUCAGUGAGCGCUGGAAAACGGAAGAAGCGCUCGAAGCGAUUAUGAAAUUUAUGACGAGAAAGAGCAAAAUGUAACUCAUCAAAGGUCAUCAUUGCAGGUGUACUAGGAAACAGGGAAAUAAACGGUCAUUCCAACGGUCAAACCC